UUUGUAGUGUUUUUCAAUUACGUAAAUCCAAUACCGGACGCAUCCAAGUGUUUAAAAUUCGAUUCUUCACCAGCACUACCACCCAAUAUUCAAGUGGUGGUGGUGUGAGGGGGGAGACAACUUUCUCCAUUAUUCCAUCCAAAAGCGUCAUCUCCAUACCCACAUAAUAAUCCUGACACGGUUCUGGGGUGGUCUCUCUCAUCUCAUCUAUAGUUUUCCUACAUCUUUCCAAUCUACUUGACUACUCGCCCACACAUCCACACACACACAGUGAGAUUAAGUUUCGAGAGAUUUGGACUUAUGCGGAUUGAAUCGUUCAUCUCGUCUCUGAUGAUAUUUCAUUUUCAUCAUCAUUGUGGUGGCAGUGUGUGGGGAAGUAGAAAGGUGUUUGUGGUUCUGCUCAUUGUCUCCUUCAGCCUCCUCUCUGAUGAUUGAAAUUGAAGCGCAUGGUUGCUAAAGGGGGGAGAAAGAGAGAUGAGGAACAUAAUAGGAUGUUGAGCCAAAUAUCUACUAGGCCUACAAACCACCACCGGAUUUACCGAGUUUCAACACUCUCCUCCUGGCAUAAUACCACUACUACGAGACGACCAAGUAUUACUACUACGACGACGACUACUGCUCCUUCUUGAGAGAGGAGUCGACUCGGAACCCGUGUCGUCGGAGGAGAGAGCCUUUCAUGCUGCUGGAUGGGAGAGAAAGCGGAGAGAGAAAGGAACAUGAAGUCCUAUGUAUUGAACAGAUUUAAAGUCUUCUUUCCCAUGCCACCGGAUUUGCUUUCUCUCAUCUUCCUCCGGAGACAGCAGAAGCAGAGAGGAGCAUCAGCCAGCAGCACCACAACGAAGGAGGAGAGCGAGGAGAAAGAUCCCCAUCCAACUGCACUGUCGCAUUCACGUCUUUCUUUCCUCCACUCGGCCCCCCUUCUAAAACUUGGUGGCCCUCAUCUCUCAUAAAAUAACCAGUCUUUCCGAUGAAGCCCACUUAGUGAGAGGAUAGUCGCCACCCUCGCCAGGAGCGGCAUGACAUUGGCACCACCACCGGUGGGGAAGGAAGCAGGAGAAGGACGACGAGGGGGCUGUCCCCACAGGUCGAGCUUUGACUUAUCAUCACCUCCUUUGACCAAGAUGUGAAGGCAAAACUCACAACUUCUAAACUUUCUCCUCCACUACUGACACUUACCGAACAGAGCGUGAUACCAUUUGCCAAGUGGUGCUUCAUAUAAGUAAUAAUAUUAAGCGGACAUUAUAGUAGAAAUAAUCGAGAGGGGAGGAGAGGAGGGAGAUUUAUGGUGUUUGGUGGCACGGUCAACUAAACGCUGUCUCCGAGAUGCCUGGUCUAGUCGCUUUCGGGCGACGGUGGAGCAUAGGAAGUGAUGACCUUUUAAUCCCAAGCUUUAUACUCUUCACCGUCCACAUUAUCUGGAUAAUCUUUAUCGUGGUGGCCAUUGUGUUGGACUUUGGGGAGAAGUCUAAAUGGUCGCAGUUUGACUGCAAAAUCCAAGGACUGGGAAUUCUGUGUACCAUGUUUAGCCUGGUGCUGCUAUCGGGGACUCUGGAGAUCGCCCUCGCCAUCGUCUCCCUCCGAGGAUCCAUUCUCAACGACGCGCCCAGGAAUGGCGUCCCUUACCUCCUCUACGUCAGACUUUUUGCCUUGAUCCUGGAGAUCGUAUGGUCGGUUGUAGCACUGAUUUGGAGUCGAAAAUUCUACUUCUCGUGCGAUCUUGUUUUAACCAAGCAAGUUAUGAUUGGACUGACAAUUUGGGUGUGGUUUGUUCUGGGGUCCGUGUUGAUGACGGCGUGGUGUGUGUACGACGUGGCUGGGAGGUCCUGGGUCAAAAUGAAACGCUAUCAGGCCAACGUGAAGGAACAGGAGCAUCGCCACCCAUCCUUCAAACGGUCUGGAAGUACACAACGAAACUGGAGACAAAGAAAAGUGAUGCGACAGUAUGAAAGCAGUUGGAACAAUCGGUGCAGAUUUCUCUUUUGUUGUGUUCACAAUUCGGAAAGCAAUCGUGACUCGUUCGGUGACUUGGCGAAGCUGCUUUCCGAGUUUUUUCGUGACCUUGAUGUGGUGCCAUCAGAUAUAAUUGUGGGACUUUUGUUGCUCAGAAAAUUGCAACGUUUGGAGCAAGUGUCUAUAAUAAAUGAGAAGCGAAAUAACACGUACGAGUUUCUAUCUGGAAUCGCAAUAACGCCAAACACAAAAUUUGUGGCAAUGAAUGAUGCUCAGGAUUUGGAGGCUUAUCACAACGUCGUUUAUUACAUGAGAUAUUCCUCUGCAGCUUAUGGAUGGCUUUGGUAUGUGAUCCCCAACGGCUUCAGGGGGUUGUUCAACUUGUGCUCAAACGUAAAAUGCUGUUUUCAUCGAUACCUGUGCAAUUCUCUGGGGCAGGAGCUAUCGGAGAGAGUCGUGGAGGACAAUUGUUGCUUUUGUAACGUUGCUGUGAUUCCAACCAUGUUCGACCCCUCGUCAUUCGAAAUUGUCUAUGCAACAUACCACGUUGACGUUGGGGAAACUCCAUUUUUUGUUGUCGUAGACUAUGAGAAACAAGCCAUUGUGGUGUCCAUUAGAGGGACGUUGUCCUUAAAGGACUUGAUGACCGACCUGAAUGCCGAAGCUGAGCCUCUGCCCCUUCAUCCAGUGAAAGAAGACUGGCUAGGCCACAAGGGCAUGGUGCAAGCUGCUGCCUAUUUAAAGUCCAAACUUAUUGGAGAAAACAUUUUGGAAAGAGCUUUCGAAAUGUGUCAAGCACGUUCAAAUGAGAUUUUCAAUGUGGUUAUUGUCGGACAUUCCCUUGGGGGUGGGGCAGCCGCAAUUUUAGCAAUUUUGCUCCGGGAACAAUUCCCUGAUUUGGUUUGCUACGCCUACUCUCCACCUGGAGGUCUUCUAAGCAUGCCUGCUGUCGAGUACACCAAGGAGUUUGUGACUUCUGUAAUUGUCGGGAAAGACCUGGUCCCUCGUAUUGGUCUCUCACAAAUGGAAGCGCUUCGAGCCGAUCUACUCAACGCCAUUAAAAAGAGUCAUACUCCAAAGUGGAGAACCAUAAUGGCUGGAGUCAAGUGUUGCAGAUGCUUCGGAAAGUCGGAAUUUGCCACACCCAACGACCGAAACUCUUCUCCUGCUGGUGGGAACGAAAACUCGUCAGCCUCCUUUAAUGAAGAUCUUCUGGGUCCGAACGACUCGAUCGUGUCGAUGAUGAUGCACCGACCCCUCUACCCACCCGGCCGCAUCAUGCACGUGGUCCGCCACCAUGUUCCCAAUGACAGGAUAAAGUACGAGUCAGUUUGGAGAAGGAUCGUUGGGAAGGGAGAGCCAGUCUUUCAGGCCAUCUGGACCGACAACACCGACUAUGACGAGGUUCUGAUUUCUCCCGGAAUGAUUCAGGAUCACUUGCCGGACAAAGUACUCAAGGCGUUGAAUCGGGUCACCACAAGCCUGGGUCCAGCUAAACCCCACCGAGCCAUGACCAACAGUGCAUCGCCCAUGAUCAACGAAUCCUCUCUUGGUGGCGGUGGUGAUUUCAUUGAGCAUUCUUCCAAACAACAUUCCGGGGCUAGUUUCGCCAGUGAGGCGUCCGGCUCUUGCGCCAGGCAUGACGAACCCCCAAUCAAAGCCAUGACAUCCACCACCACCACGACAGCAGCCAUCGUCUCAGUAUCAAAACCAUCCCCACCAGCAAGGUCAUCCUCCCAAAAGCAGAUGAUGUUGGAGGACGACGUUCUCCCCGCGGACGAAGAUGUCGACGAGUACAUUUCGGUGGCUGGCUCUCACUCGACGGAAACACUCUUCUCUCUCAAAAUCAACUGGGACAUAUUCAAAGAGCUUGGCAAGCACCCGUUAAAACUUUCGAGGAAGAAUUCCCAUACUCGCACUUCCAGUUCCGGGAGCUCCACCUGUUCCGAGCUUGGCACCACGAUGAAGGAGAUUUUCGGCCCAAUUAAACUAUAUGAAUGCACAGUGCCUCUGGCCAGUUCGGAAACGCUUGGGUCCGACAUCAGCAGUAUGAGUUCAAGAGCAAGUUUCAUCAUACGAGAUAGGUCACCUCUUACUAAGCUAAAACUUGGUAAAAACCUGAGCCUUCGUGUUCAUGAGAGCAAUGGGAACGGAAAUGGUAGAGAGAACGGCUUUGAAACUCUCAACGAAUGGAAUGGCAAAUCGCAUCAGCGCAGCUUAAGCUGUGUUUACCCAGAGGGGAAAGGCACCAAAAAUCUGCUAAAUCCUUACGGAACGUUAAAUGGGAGCAGCAAAGAUAGCCCUCCGCCACAAGAUACCACCGACGAGACCACCCUGACAAAGCAGACGAACGGAAAUUAUGACACGAGAAACAACAACAAUGGGCACCACAGCCAACAACAAGAUCAACAAGAAUUCUACGCUUCCAACCCAGAUUUCGACCCACAACCAGAUGCCGACCAGACUCCGACGGGGGAUGAAAUGCUACCUGAACACUCCUACUUGGAACAACAUGACGUCGAAUUCGGUCACGGCAUGGCCAUGGGUGGUUUCCAAGAACAAUUUGCAGAGGGUGACGAAGAGGAAGAGGACAAUGCAGGCGGUGGAGAAUUCGCCUAUGAAGAAGAGGAAGAAGACGACGAGGGUCACCCAAGUCCAAGAGGUUCCGAUGCAUCUUCACCGGUAAAAAGUGAAGAUGGGUUUGGGCGAAAUAGAAAACAAGUUCCAACCCACCAACAAGGAAGCAGUCGGCGAGGGGGGAGAGGAGAAGGGGACAGUGAUGGUCAGUACAGUCCGGUUUAUCCCAGUUUUGCAAGUCAGCAAGAGUACGGGAGGGAGGAUCAGUCUACACCCCACUACAGCUAUGCGACAACUAGCCAAUCCCCAGUGUCCAGUGUUCACUCUCAGAAUAAUGGAAACAAUUAAAGGUGCACAAACUACAUAAACUACCAAAUACAAAAACAAACAAAAAAUAAUAUAAUUAUAAACUUAUGUACAUGUAAAGUAGAACCAUGAGGAAUAUAUGUAAGUACUUUCGAUGUGUGAAAUUAAGAAGCUUUGCAUUCCUAUUCUAUAUACAAGGUUGUUAAUUGUUUAAUGUUCUGGUUUGAAAAUUUGUGAGUGUAGAAAUUUUCUACUAGGAAAUCACAUUCACAGAAUCCAUAGUUAUCGUAAAAUAUGUGAACUUAUCCAAAGUAAUUAUAAUUAUAAAGUGCUAUUAAGAUCUUGGUGGAAGAUCGGCAAUGUCACCUCCAUCCUGGCCAGUACUUGUGCUCUACUUGUUCUCAUCAUAUUUCUAAACAACUCUCUCUCUCUCUCUGAUCUCUUGGAUAAAGGUUAAAUAUCUAAAAUUUAAUCCUUAUUUAUCACCAUUAGACAACCCAAUUGUUGUCCUGCCAUGCCGGAUAUUGUUAAUUAAAUCGCAAAAAUACUCAUUAUCAAAUAGUUGUCAACAUUUCCAUGAUACAGAUUAGGUCGAGGUUAGACAUAAAAUGCCAAUCUUUUUUACUCAACUCAGAAAUACUCAUUUUAUAAGAUUUUUAACGCUGUAAAAAACAUUCCACAAGUGUACUAAUUGUAUAACUGGCAUACUGAAGAGAAGAAGCCAAAACCUACAUAUACUCAUCUAAUGGUAAAUAUGGAAUUCUAAAUAUUAUAAUGUUACUAAAAUUAUAAACAUGACGUCGUUGCAUUAAUUUCAUUUCAUUGUGUUUGAUGAAUCUCUGUGCUAAUGAUAACUGUGGAAUAAAAUUUUGAAUUUCUUUGA